GCCGACUUGCUUUGUGGUAUGUUACCUUCCCCUGUUGACAGCUAGCAAAAACAUCGAUUCUAUUUUCAAUUUUGCGAUGGAAAGCAGCGAGGACGAGAUGGAAGAGGAUGAAAUCGAGUGGAAGCAACUUUUGACGGAUUUGCCAACAACCCGUCGAGCUUCUGAAUCGAGCCUCAGUAUGAAGCCAACACCUGCACACAGAGUAAUUUUGCAUUUUGACCUGGAUUGCUUCUAUGCUCAGGUGGAAAUGAUCCGAAAUCCAGCAUUGAGAGAUGUUCCUCUAGGUAUCCAGCAGAAGUACAUCAUCGUCACGUGCAACUACGUGGCGAGGCAGCAGGGUGUCACCAAGCUCAUGUCUGUUACCGACGCCAAACAGAAAUGUCCUCAGUUGGUGCUGGUGAAAGGAGAAGAUCUGACUCACUACAGAGAAAUGUCCUAUCAAGUGACAGAUCUGCUGCUGUCCUUCUGUCCAUUGGUAGAGAGGCUUGGCUUUGACGAGAACUUUGUGGACAUCACAAAGAUGAUAGCAAAACGGCUGCCACACACACCAGAGUUCUCAUUUAUGGGCCACGUCUAUAGCACUUCAAGUGAAGCCGCAAAGGCUAAAGCCAGCAUUCACCCAGAGUUGGCGUUAGGGUCGCACAUCGCCGCUGAGUUGAGGGAAGCCAUCCGCGGUCGAUUGGGCCUCACCGGUUGCGCUGGUGUCGCCACCAGCAAGCUGUUGGCCAAACUGGUGUCGGGCAGCUUUAAGCCCAACCAGCAAACCACACUGCUGCCGGAAAAUAUCGACGACAUCGUGGGCGGCCUGAGCGGCCUGCGUGAAAUACCAGGGGUUGGACAUCAAACGGCCAAAAGGCUCCAAGCACUUGGACUGGUCAGCGUCAGAGACCUUCAGCUCUUCCCACUGACUGAGCUCGAAAGAGAAUUGGGCUCUGCGUGCGCAGCGCGUCUGAAAAAUCUGUCCCUUGGCGCAGAAGACGUCUCCCGUCAACCCUACCGGAGCCCUCAGUCUCUCAGCGAUGAAGACUCUUUUAAGAAAAUGUCAAGUGUGAAAGAAGUGAUGGACAAGAUUCAACAGCUUCUCAGCAGCCUGGUGGAGAGGAUGCGCAAGGACGGCAGACAGCCGCAAACCUUGCGUCUCUCAGUUCGGAAAUUCUCAGCGAGCAACAAGUGGCACAGUCGGGAGAGCCGCCAGUGUCCCAUCCCCAACCACAUUGGGCAUAAGAUCACCUCGGCCAGCGGCGACGACGCCCCGGCCCAGCUGCUCUCCUUGGCCAUGAAGCUCUUCUCCAAAAUGGUGGACACGGCGGCGCGCCAUUCCAACCUGACCCUCAUCAACGUGGGUUUCAGCAACUUGCAGACCCAAGCGCCGGCCGCCGGCGCCAGAGGCUCCAUUGCUUCCUUCUUCGCACCCAGCGCCUCACCGCACAACCCAACUCGAAGCCAGAUUGACUGCGGAAGCGGUGCAGAUCAUCUCGACUCAAUCGGCGAUAUGCCUCCGCUCACUCCAGACAACAGCGCAAAGAGCCCAAGCAGCUGUGACGCGGCAUCGCCCCGGGCCGGACCCGCACAGAGCACCACUUCUCUCCGAGCGGAAGCGUCUCAACCGGUCACGCCAGCCAGCCGUAGCACAUGCUCAUACGACGCCCACGUCACCGCUACGCAUCGAUUGCCCCCAAACGUGGACCCUCGGGUGUUUUCCCAGUUACCGGCCAACAUUCAAACGGAACUGAUGAGAGAGUGGGAGUGGCGCCGACCGGUUCUGAAGAUCCCCGGCCUUUCCAGGAAGCCCGGGAAUGAAGCCAAAGAGAAGAAAAGCGGCGGAAGGAAAAGCCAGGCCAACAGCUUGUUGAAUUAUUUUAAGCCCCGUUUAGAGAAGCUCCAAGUACUGUACAGUGAAAGGGGAGCACGCACUGCCAUGAAAACCUGCGUGUUAUUAUUACUGCCACCCGCCCCAAAAAGUUUUAAAUACACAUAUGGAUGCCCCCAGAUGGACACAGAGCUCUUCUUUUGAAAAAAAAAAAAAAAAAGCUCCUCAACCUACCUCAAAGUAGUUCUUUGUCACCAUAUUGUCACAAGGUGGUGAAUUAAGCUCAACUCACGUCAACAUACUGUAGCUUUUUGGCAUCACGCUACAAGAUGGCAGCAGGACCACUUUAUUUCUGUAAAUGGCAGUCCUGAACUCAUUUCAGCACAGUUUUCCUGGCUCCUGAUCAAGCUUUCUAAUAUGCGUAUUUAUCACCCACCCAAGCUCAAGUUCAAUAUGACUUCUUUUUUUUUUUUUUUUUUUUUACGAGUCAGCUUAGGUUCACGUGAUGCAUUCUGACCCAAAUUCCUGAUCCAUUGUUCUCAGACAUAAACAGGCAAGUCAAUGGUUCUGUUAGCACUUGUUCUAUUGGUUCCCUAAGGUUUUUGCUAUUUCGCACAAAUUUUCCUUUAGAUAUUAUUUUCAUAUAUAUAAUAUAUAUAUAAAUAAAGAGAGUAUAUUGGACUGAAAUUA